CUACUCGUUCCUCUCCCAAGCUAACCCGAUUCCAUCCCCGGACGAACCGGACAUCCUUCGUCCCUUUUUUUUCGGUUUUCCCAUCCUUCCCACCUUUUUUCCAGUAUACACUGACCAGUCAGCGUCGUCCGAUCUGACCUGUUCGUCCUUUUCCCCCCCCCUCAUUCUCACUGUAUCACACACGCUCUCGUCCGAUCCAUCUCUUUGCUUUCUCCCUUUCCUCUCCACCUCCCGGUACUUGCAUCUUUCGCAUCCGAGAUUCUUCCCUCCAGAUUCCCGCCACCCGUCAAGCCAGAAAGGAACAAGGCUGCGCCCGCUCGAACCAUGCAGUUGUCUCGCCAUUCCGCCGGUUUUUUCUCCUGCAGGUUGAUUUGCAUUUUCCUGCUCGUGAUGUGAACCUACAUAACUUCCCUUUUUUCCACCCCCCUCCGCCUCGAGUUCUUCAAAAGUCCAGGCCCUCAUCAUCACCACCACCACCACCACUCCUUCUCUCCCAUACUUCAUUCCCUCUUCUCCUCUUCCUUCAUUCCCUAUUUUCCCGCAAUCCAUAACCUUUCCGCUCAAUUCCUCCUCCCUUUUCACCUCCCCUUCCUUCCGUGACUUCUCCCACCAUAACCUUAGCCUUUCCCCUCUCCUCUCCACCCCCACUCCCUUCCCACCCCCCCCCAGUCGCUGAUCAUUAAGGCACUACCCGCGAUCGUCGCUAUAUCCUACACUCUAUACUCUAUACUUCCUAGCGGCACCGAGACUUUGAUACGAUCUGCAUCGAUCACCGUCUAAUUCUUCUACCAACGGUCAUCGACCGUCCGUGGUCGACCAUUUACACCCUCCAAACCGUCUUGCCAGGCACUCAGUCAGCCUUAUGACGGUCACCAGUUUGGUGAUGCAAAACCGCCGAGGCCAUGCCUCCGCCAAGCGCACCCUCCGUUUACCAAUUAUCGCCCCGAAAGAGGAGGUUCUCGAGGGUAAAUCAGACAAGAGCAUGAUCGCACCGCCGCGUAUCCGUCUUCCGCCGCGAUCUCGGACCGGCUGCUGGACGUGUCGGAGUCGAAAAGUCAAAUGCGAUGAGGGACACCCGCAAUGUAAUCAAUGUACACGACUCGGUCAUAUUUGCGACUAUCGACCGCGGCUAGCCUUUCGCGAUGAUACGCCGCGCAUUAUGGGCCGUAUGGCCGAUGUGAAGACCGAGGGCAACGUGGUCUGGGAUCUCUCAUCACCAGGAUCAAGCGAGGACCGAUCUGGAAGCGAUUAUUUCUCUCUCGGAGAUGCUCUCCCGGCUUUUUCACUAUUGACCUCGGAUGAGGAGCGCGAAAGAAAGGCCGAAGCUACAACCCCAGGCACAUACCAUGUGAUCAUGGUCCCGGACAUCUUCAGCUCGCUUCCCGAGUACGCCGAUGAUGCGGAGAAGCCCAAGGCCACCGUCACCGAGUCCGUAUACUCGGUAGCGAGUAGUCCCGUGAGCGUGGUCAAGACCGAGACCGAUCCCGCCGAUGAUCCCAAUGUAGUCAUUUUGAAGACGUUUGAGGACGUCACUCGCCGCUCGCCCUCGGCUGGCAGAACCUCACGAGUGUCACCUACCUCCGAGAUUUCGGAUCCCUUCUGCUCCCUCUCUCUAUCUCCGAUCAUGGGUUCCUUCCCAUCUCCCGUCUUGGGCGAGGAACAUGGCUCCUCUUCCUUCUUGGUUGACUCGCGCAUGGAUCACCAGGCUCGACAGAGGCAACAAGAUUCGACGCUGUUUGCUCAUUUCCGACACGUCGUUUGGAAGCAAUUGUUUCCUCAUGACCGUGGUCUGGAUGACACGUACGGAUUUGACCGCAAUGGCAUGACUCUAAGUGUCGACUUCCUGGAGCGAGAAGCGGCUCGUUUCCCUCCACUCUCCCAUGCCAUUAUGACCGUCUCGGCUCUCAGUCUGUCACACAGCGGAACCGGACAAAACGUGGAUGCGCUGCAAUAUUACCAGCAGGCAUUUCCUUCUCUACAGAUCAGCCUCCGCAACAACGACGAUCUUGUCUCGGAUGGAUUGUUCCUGACCCAUUUCCUUCUACUCAUCUACGAGGUCGCAGCCGCCGAGCCACAAGGCUCCAACCUCUGGUCUCACCACAUCUCUCGUCUCCUCCACAUCGCCCUCCUCCGCCAGUCCAAAUUCGGCCGCGAACCACACCCCUUCAUCCUUUGGUGGAUCUGCCACAUCGACCUCUACGCCCUAUUCAGUGGCGCAGGAACCGGCGAAUUUGUGCGCGCUAUCAUGGAUCACCAGAUGCUCCCGGGAUCAGAAAGCCUUCUCUACCCAUCCGCGACCGAAGGAUACAGCGUGAUUUAUCCCGAGGAGCAUGAAAGCUUGCCUACUCUCAUGCGCCUCUAUGCCGAUACCUUUUCGUUGGCGACUCAGAUUGGAUUCCUGGGUUCGCGACUGCGCCAGGAAAAGGUGUCUGUCCCCUUCGCCGACUUCAACCAGCGAUCGAAGGAGAUCAGUGACUUGCGUCGGGCUCUGAACCGUCUGUGGGAGGCCUCCGAUGUAGCCUAUUGGUAUCAGCGCCAGGAUAGCCUCCCGCGGCGAUCACAGGAGAUCCUACAGCAGUCCGCCACGUUGUUCCACGUCAGCCAGCUGUUCACCUACAGCAGCAUGUGGCCUCGCCAACGACUCGAGUCGGAGUUCACCCCCGAUGGCGAGAUUGACCAUCAUGCAGCGGAGAUUCUGCGUAUCGCCGAGCAGACGACGCAGACUCGUCGUGCCGAUCGGCACUUUUUGGUCUUUCCACUCUUCCUCGCGGGUGCUACGGCGUCCGCUAGUGGCCUGAAGAUGAUGGCUAUGGAAUUGAUGACUAGCAUGGAAGACGAGGAAGACGGGAUGGGUCGCAAUGCGGCAACCACCCGGGCUAUCUUGCAGACUGUCUAUGAGCGACAGCUGGAGUGUUUGAUGCGUGUUGGCCAUACGCUCGAUGUGGACUGGGCCGAUUUGAUGGCUCAGGAGGGCCUGCAAAUGGUCAAUUUUGGGUUCUAGUCAAAUCACGGGAAUGUGUUGGGAGGAUCGGAAUCUGUUCGGGUUGGUGGUCAUUGGCGUUUUUCUUUCCGUGGGCAUAUUGAUUUUUUGGGGCAUCUGUGUGACUGACUCUUUUAUUUUGUUGUUGCCUGUUUUUGAGCUUUGGAACCUUUUUUUGGGAGCAUGUACUAUUCGCAUGAGUGAUGAUGGAUGGGAUGUAUGUAUAGAAACGAACACGACUUGUUAAUAAUGUGUUUAUGGAACUACAAUUUCUUUUGUC